AUGGCCUGCUGCGCCAAGUGCCGCCGAGCACCUCCUGCUGGAGGUGACUCGUGGUGCUUGGCCUGCACCGCCUGUGAAGCGCUCGGCGCGGAGCUGGGGUUCCACUGGGGACACCCCGGGCUCCGCGCCGUCGCGACCGACAUCUGCGUGUCGGCGGUCAGGCAGGUGCGGGCCCUUCGUGUGACGCGGGUGGUCCCGCCCGCGGCUGGGGCACCUCGCGACCCCGCGCCGCGCGGUGUGGUGACACCGCCGCCGGUGGCCGGAGCUGGAUCUGAGCCAUCGGACCCCCGGAGGCCCUUGGCGAGGUCUCCUCGGCCGGCCGCUGAGGCCCGUGAGGGUGAGCGGAGCGGCGCUGCUGCUUCGGCUCUCGAGCCGCCUGAGGCGGAAGAAGAGACCUCAGGAGAAUCGGAGGAAUCCGGAUCCGGGUCGGAGGUGACCACUAUUGGGCCGGGAGUGACACCGGUGACCACUACAGGGCUGGCUGCAAAGGCGCGCCCUGAGGCCAGGCCGUCGAAGGAGGUUGACGAGGUGGCCAAGGAGGAGGUUGAAGAGGCGCGAGACGACGGACGAGAGGCUGACAAGGCUUUGUUGCAUGUAGCACGAGGAGGGGACGACUUCUUCGGGCGCUACGAGGUUUCAAAUUUCGAGCGCUGGAACUUGUUUGCCCCUCGCGCAGGAAACGUUUUGACGACCGAGCUGCCAGGAGAGUGGUUCGGUCAAGAUGGUAUAGAAGGAGUUUUUGUGGUAACCGACAGAGAACUGCAAGCAGAUGGUUCGAUGCUGGUAUAUGUAAGGGCUGUUGGAGCAAGUCGAGACGAUGCUCUACCAGCUCUAUCCUCGAGUUUCAACCGGCGAGCUGGCGCUCUCCACAUUUGCCUUGGAGAGGGGCCGUGCUCAGCCGAAGGGGCGGUUUUCCACGUAAGAAGCCUGGAGCUGUGGGAUGGACCUACGUUCCCAGGCCACCGCCUGUCGGUUGGAGGCCGCCGGAUGCUCAAGCAAGUCCUGGCGGGCGCAGAGGUUGCAGAUGGAGCGGAAUGGGAAGAAGGCCCAGCAGUCGACCUUGGAGAUUCGUCAAAGAAGGGGUUGAUUGCAGAGCCGGAGAAGAAGCGGAAGAGAGAUACAGGCACAGGAAAGGGAGGUCGUCCCCCGGUUCGCCCGAAGCCGAAGAAGAAGCAGGACGGAGAUGGAGGAGAUUUUCCGCCUACGGCCCCUGGCAUUUUGCGAGACAGGCUGGAAAAGAUCCGUGCCCGUCAAGAGACUAUGGGUCGUGGAGCGACCCCAGAGAGAGAUGGAGAAGACUUGGAGAAAGGGGAGGCUGGAAGUGCCGCCCAUGCAGUGGAACGCUUGACGACGUCGAGGAAGCUUGGCGAGACCUCGAUUGUUGCUGGAAGAGGAGUUCAGAGGCCGGGCAAUGGUCAGGCGGAGCGAAGAGGAGGUACUAUGAAGAGCUUGACGGACAAGCCUCGGACGGCUGGAGUCACUUCGAGCCUGGUCCUGAGAGCAGCAGAGGCGUGCAAGAGGAGCAAGUCCGGGAAAAAGAAAAAGAAGAAGAAAGAGAAAGCUUUCGAUGCCCUUCGCACGAUCUUCGGAGGAGGGAAGGAAAGCUCCGACGAGGCCUCCUUGCUCCCACCUCUCAAAAAGAAAAGCGAUCGCCAAGAAGGAUCAGUGCUCGAGCUCCUCGUGGAACAGGUGGAGAUGCGCCUCAACGAGUUGUCAGGCUCCGGAGAACACAGCAAUGCCCUGAUGCAGGGGACGAAGAUAGUGACCUACUGGCACUCACUCACCCAAGGAGGGGGAGUGAGUCAACAGACUCGAGACGGCCGCGAAUUGUUCCUCAUAGCAAACUGCAUCGACCUUCUCCGAGUAGGCCGCCUUGGCCGCCUCGGGGAUGCGCUGGCGGCUCGGUGGUUUGCUCUGGAGCAAGCACAGUUGGACCAAGGCUGGUCGGCAGCCAAGCAUUUGGAGCUGUACUCACCGGAGCACUUGACAGCGGCGGGACCGGCCAUCACGCUGGCUGCCAGAAAGUAUUCGAAGCUGAUGGACAAGGUGGCCGCCACAGACGAGAAGAAGACCAAGUCUUGGGGAAAGGGCCGCAAAGGCCAAAACGCCGGAGGCUGGCAACCCGCCGAUGCCUGGCAGGCGAAAGGAGGAAAAGGCAAAGGCGGGAAGCACCAGAAGGACGACCAGUGGGGCAAGUGGCAACAGGACGGGCGCGGGAGCUGGAAGAAGCAGAACUGGCCCGGGAACUGGAAGAAGGCACACCAGCAGGAGGACAAGGAAAAGGAGUUGCCGAGGCUGCAGGGAAAGGUCCACAUUCCUCAGAGUGAACAGCUGCCAGUAGCAAGAGAGUUGGUUAGGCUGUUGACCUUCAAUGUGGGCUUCUCAGGUUCAGAACUGGGUUUCUUGGACAGCGAGCACAGAAGUAAGAGAUGGUUCUUGUCGUGUCAGGUCCUUCCAAUGGGCUGGUCCUCAGCCGUGGGAGUGAUGCAAGAGGUAAAGGCCUACAUUGCGUGUGACAUUCACAAGCCUAGCAACCGUGUUUGUGCGCGGAGGUGGCCCAACAUGAUCUUCUGGGAAGAUGUCAAGACGCUGUCUAAGAGUGUUCUCGCUGAGCUGUUGGCGGGGGUCGGUGACUUUGAAGAGCUUCACGGAGUGGCUAAGUUUGUUGGCUGGCUAGACCCUCAACUGUUGUUUCAGCGCAUGGGCCUCCCACCUGGUCUGGGGUUGCGAAGCGACUUGAUCUGCCCGCUGCAGACGGGGUUUGAGAUCCCUACGCGAGCCGGGCCUGAACGGCUGGCGGCUGAACGACGGCGGCUGCGCGGCCGGCUGAGUCUGUUAGACCGUGCCGUCACCAUUAAGACCCGCAUCCGUUAUUUCGUGGCAGUCAGCCAAGUAGUUGAGAGGCUAGAGCACACCCGGCUCGACAUUGAUGAAUUUAUGAUGCAGUGGGUUGAUGAACGCUACCUUGCAGGGGCCAGCAUCACCAGCGUGGCUGACACUCUGUCGGGCCUGCACCACUAUUUACCGUGGUCCAAAGGUCGUCUCAGAGGUGCUUGGAGGAUCUACGGCCUAUGGAGGAAACUCGAACGACCACGACAAGCACCGCCCUUUCCGAUUGAGGUCGUUGAAGGCCUCGUUGGGAGGUGCGUCAUGGUUGAAGACCUCAGGCUGGCCCUGUGCCUUUGCCUAGGGUUCUGGGGGAUGUUACGGACUGGCGAAAUCUUUGCCGUUCGGUUUCGUCACCUUCUGAUCUCCCGUACCAACAUGGUGGUCCGUCUUGGAGAGACCAAGACUGGAGUGAGACGACAGGUUGACGAAAACGUAGUGACCACCCAUGGCCCGACUAUUUUGAUUGCCCGCACGGUUUCCGACAUCGUCUCCUCCCGGAAUGAGAAAAUUUGGCCCAAUUCGUCCGCGGAGUUUCGUACGGCUUUUAAACGGCUUCAACAGUUUUUCCGUUUGCCCUCUUCGUUCAGGCCCUACUCCCUCAGACGAGGGGGAGCUACGGAGGACUUCCGGCAGCACGGCCUGAUGGAAAGGUCCCUAUUGCGGGGCCGGUGGGGCUCUUCGUAUGCUGCCAGGCAAUAUAUUCAGGAAGGGCUUUCCAUGUUGACCAAGCUUUCACUUUCCCCCCGCACCCUUGCCCUUUUGGCUUCUUAUACUCCUUUGAUGGCCACCCCUUAA